CCCCAGCAGGAAAGGCCAGGAUGGCAUAUAUAUCAUUUACGCCGACACCAGAAGAGAGGUCUUCUGUGACAUGACGACAGAUGAAGGUGGUUGGACGGUAAUUCAGAAACGAGAAGAUGGCGAUGUUGAUUUUUUCAGGACAUGGAAAGAGUACAAACACGGAUUUGGGAAUGCCUCUAAAAACUACUGGAUAGGGAAUGAUGCAAUCCAUGCUUUAACACGGGAUCAAAACCAAGAGCUCCGAGUGGACCUAAGAAGAUAUAACGGAGAACAGGGUUAUGCGAAAUAUACUACAUUUUACAUCGGAGAUGAAAACAAUAAAUACACUAUAACAGUAUCUGGAUACAGCGGGACAGCGAAUGACAGUUUGGCUUAUCACAAUGGUAUGAGAUUCAGCACAAAAGAUCAGGAUAAUGAUGCAAGUGAAAAUGAUGAAGACUGUGCCAUACGGUAUCGAGGAGCUUGGUGGUACCGUUGGUGUCUCAAAUCAAAUCUGAACGGCGAGUAUGCGCAGACGGCUGUAAUUGGUCCUAGGUACCCGGUAUGGAGGUUCUGGAUGAAUAGUUAUGAAGCGCUCAAGAAGACUGUAAUGAUGAUUAGACACAAAAAAAUAAAGUAA